GCAAAACAAUGUUGUCGAGUUUAUGCGUAAGGGUGCAAGGAAUAUUUCGUGAAGUUCUAAACUGGCAUAGACAACAUUAAAUAGGUUUUGGUGUGUUUUUAAAUGAGUUCCGUUGAGUUUGUGCACAUUCUUGAUGUUUUUAGGGAACGAUAUGUAAUAUAACCUUACACUGCUAUGUAUCGAACAGAGUCAUUACGGAGGACCCAUUUGAUUCCGUCAUAAAUAAGUUGCUGUUGUUUCAAUGACUGCUGUUGUCAGUUCUUUCGCCGCAAACGUUUGCAAACAAAAAUUAUUCCGCUAUUAUAUGGUAUAUCAGAGCGUUAAGCGGGUUUUCUCACCGUAUAAAUACGCCAAUGUACAUAUUAAACUGCGCUUGUUUGAUCCCUUUCUUUAGAAGAUUGUGUUUUUUAGUAAGCAUUCGAUUUUCCCAACGAAUUGUUUAAAUACUUUUAAGAAGUAAUUCGUGAGAUGCAGAUCAAUGCGAUGGGUAUUUUUAUCAAGGGCUUGACUACAAAAAGGGAAAAGUAGAUUAUAUAUGUUACUCCAGUAGUGUUGACGCUUGGAUUGUAGUUAUGUUUGUGACACUUAAAGCCUGCUCAUAAUAAACUGCAACAUAUUGUACGUUAGACAGCUACAGUGCUUACAGAAUGUAUUGGACAGUACACUUAGAAGGUGGACCAAGACGAGUUAAUCAUGCAGCUGUUGUUGUUCUUGAUAAGAUUUACUCCUUUGGUGGUUACUGCACGGGGGAGAACUACCAGAGGAAGCGGCCAAUGGAUGUUCACAUUCUUAACACAGGUAACUACAGGUGGCACGCUUUACCUACACCAGAAUACAAUGAUGUGACAAAAACCACUGUCCCAUAUCAGAGGUAUGGACACACAGCUGUUGAACAUGAGCAGAAGAUUUACAUAUGGGGUGGACGUAAUGAUGAAGCUGCGUGCAACAGAUUAUUCUGUUUUAAUCCAGAUGAUUUAACUUGGAGCAGUCCCAAAGUGAGUGGGAUGAUUCCUGCUGCAAGAGAUGGCCAUUCAGCUUGUGUAAUUAAUAAUCAAAUGUUUGUCUUUGGAGGCUUUGAGGAACAGAUGGACAGAUUUUCACAAGAUGUCUAUUCUUUAGACCUGCGCACAAUGGUGUGGAGAUACAUAAUAACUCAGGGUGACCCUCCAUCAUACAGAGAUUUCCAUUCGGCAAAUGCAAUAGACGAUAGAAUGUAUGUAUUUGGUGGGCGAGGAGAUGUGUAUGGUCCUUACCAUUCACAAGAGGAACUAUAUUCAAACAGUAUAAUGUACCUGGAUACAGCUACUGGAGUGUGGCACCAGCCUCGGACAACUGGGGAUAUACCUUUAGGCAGGAGGAGCCAUUCUGCAUUUGUAUACAAAAAUAGCCUGUAUGUGUUUGGUGGCUACAAUGGACUCUGUGAUGAGCACUUCAAUGACUUGUACCAGUUUUCUCCAGUGACCAACACGUGGACGCUUAUGCAGACACUUGGGAAACCUCCAAGCAGGAGGAGGAGGCAGUCAUGUCUUGUUGUUGGAGACAGAGUUUUCUUAUUUGGAGGUACAAGCCCAUACCAGGGACAGAUGUCAUACCAAGUAAUUGAAGAUCUGUACAAUGAAGGAAUUGACUCAAAACUUAUGGAUCAUAAUGAUAUGCAUAUACUGGACUUUGCACCCUCACUACGAACACUCUGUGCUAUGAUUGUUAUUAAUAAUCAGUUGGACUACAGCAGCUUGCCAGAGGAGUUAAGGUGGGAACUGCGUGUAAUGGUGACACCAAACUCCAUAUCAAGACCUUUGAACAACACUGGCUGACAUAGAGUAACUUGUUCAUUAUGCUGUUAUAACUCGGUCAGUGUGGCUGAAUAGGGCAAGACUGUUCUGUUGUCAAGUUAUAAGUAUCAGAUUACUACUGAGAAUGUAAGUCUUGUGAAAUAAAUUGUGUGUGUGUGUGUGUGUGUGUGUGAGAGAGAGAGAGAGAGAGAGAGAGAGAGAGAGAGAGAGAGAGAGAGAGAGCCAGCCAGCCAGCCAGGUUUGGUGUGAGAUUAUAUUAGGUACAAAACUUGUGACAUGUUGUUGUUGUUUGAAAAGACUUGCUGACAUUGUAUGAAGAUACACUUUUGAAAUUGCAGCCACUACGUGAUGUGUCUCUUUAUACAUAAAUACGUGUCAUCAGGUUAUAUUGUUGAAUCUCUGAUGUUAUUGAUGUGCAGUUGUAAUGCAGUUUUUGUGUGUAACUUUCAGUUAUUUGGGUGUACUCAUUUGAAUUUUCA